AACAGAACAGAAAAGGUUCCAUCUAUCUAUCUUAGGGUUUGUGUUCUAAUCAGACAGACAUGGCGGCGGCGAUUCAGGCUGAACCGGCGAAGCUAAGGUGGGGAGAAUUGGAGGAAGACGAUGGCGAAGAUCUGGAUUUCCUGUUACCACCACGUCAGGUGAUAGGUCCUGAUGAAAAUGGAAUCAAAAGGGUUAUUGAAUACAAAUUCGAUGAUGAUGGUAAUAAGGUUAAGAUCACUACAACCACUCGCACCCGCAAACUUGCCAAUGCGCGUCUCAGCAAACGCGCCGUUGAGCGCCGUUCCUGGCCUAAAUUCGGAGACGCCGUUCAUGAAGACGUCGGUGCCCGCCUCACUAUGGUCUCCACCGAAGAGAUCCUUCUCGAACGCCCCAAACCACUUGGUUCCAACAAGGAGGAUCCAAAGACUGCUGACCCACUCUCUCAAUUCAAUAAAGGUGCUGUUCUUAUGGUAUGCAGGACCUGCGGGAAGAAGGGUGAUCAUUGGACUUCAAGGUGUCCAUAUAAGGAUCUCGCACAGCCUCCUGAGACUUUUGUUGAUAAACCUGUUGCGACAGAUGCUGCUCCUGGGGCUUCAGCUGGCUCAGCAAAGGGUGCAUAUGUACCUCCUAGUCUGAGAGCUGGUGCCGAGAGGACUACUGGCUCUGACAUGAGGCGGAGGAACGAUGAGAAUUCUGUUCGGGUAACCAACCUCUCUGAGGACACAAGGGAACCAGAUUUGCUCGAGCUUUUCCGGCCUUUUGGUGCUGUCAGUAGGGUCUAUGUUGCUAUUGAUCAAAAGACUGGCAUGAGUAGGGGCUUUGGCUUUGUCAACUUUGUUAGCAGGGAAGAUGCUCAGAGGGCUAUCAACAAACUCAAUGGAUAUGGCUACGAUAAUCUCAUCCUAAGAGUUGAAUGGGCCACCCCAAGAACAACCUAAGCAUUGGGUGUUUUCGAGUUUUUUUUUGCCCCCAUCUAUCUCCGAAAGUCUACCUGUUUUUGUAAUCCAAGUUCAGGACCAUCUAUUUCCUUUGUUUUGAAUUGUAUUAUUGAGAAGUAAAUGUUUUCUCAAGAUCAAUUGUUGGUUAUUUAUGAUAAUCAGUAUUAUAAGGAUUGUUUACUCAAAAUUACUUGUUGGUUAUUGAUAAUAAUUAUGAGGAUUGGUUACAUGGUUCACAA